CCUUCCUUGUAAUCACACUUCAUGAAGACAAGUGAAGAUGGCGGACGUAUUGAGUGUUCUUCGCCAGUACAACAUCCAGAAAAAAGAAAUUGUUGCCAAAGGAGAUGAGGUUAUAUUUGGAGAGUUUUCGUGGCCAAAAAAUGUGAAGACCAAUUAUGUCAUUUGGGGAACUGGAAAGGAGGGGCAGCCCAAAGAGUACUAUACUCUCGACUCAAUCCUUUUCCUGCUCAACAAUGUGCAUCUUCCUCACCCCUCGUAUGUGCGAAGAGCAGCAACAGAAAACAUUCCUGUUGUUAGAAGACCUGAUCGAAAGGGCUUGCUGUCUUACCUCAACGGGGAGAGCUCUACUUCGACGAGUAUCGACAGAAGUGCCCCCAUAGAGAUUGGUUUGCAACGGCCAACACAAGUCAAAAGAGCUGCAGAUGAAGUAUCAUCUGAAGCCAAAAAACCAAGGAUAGAGGAUGAAGAACGCGUGCGUCUGGACAAAGAGCGCCUGGCUGCUCGUUUAGAGGGCCACAAGGAGGGCAUCGUGCAGACCGACCAGAUCAGGUCACUGUCAGAGGCCAUGUCUGUGGAGAAGAUUGCAGCCAUCAAGGCCAAGAUUAUGGCCAAGAAGCGCUCCACAAUCAAAACAGACCUGGAUGAUGAUAUUACCCAGAACCAGAGAAGUUUUGUGGAUGCAGAGGUGGACGUCACCAGAGACAUUGUCAGCAGGGAGAGGGUGUGGAGAACCCGCACCACGAUCCUCCAGAGCACAGGAAAGAACUUUUCCAAAAACAUCUUUGCCAUCCUGCAGUCAGUGAAGGCCAGAGAGGAAGGACGAGCCCCUGAGCAGAGACCAGCACAGAACACCACUCAGGUGGACUCAUCCACAAGGAACAAACAACCUGUCCCAGCAGCCUAUAACCGCUACGAUCAAGAGAGAUUCAAAGGAAAAGAGGAAACGGAAGGUUUUAAGAUUGAUACAAUGGGCACUUACCACGGCAUGACACUGAAGUCUGUGACGGAGGGUGCGUCAGCCAGGAAGGCCCAGACCCCAGCCUUGCAGCCCGUCCCCAGACCAGUGUCCCAAGCCAGACCACCACCAAAUCAAAAGAAAGGCUCUCGUACCCCCAUCGUCAUCAUCCCAGCAGCCACCACGUCCCUCAUCACAAUGCUGAACGCCAAGGACCUCCUGCAGGACCUCAAGUUUGUGACAUCGGAGGAGAAGAAAAAGCAGGGCAUCCAGAGAGACAACGAGGUUCUGCUCCAGAGACGGAAGGACCAGCUCCAGCCCGGGGGGGCCACCCUCAGCGUCACCGUUCCCUAUCGGGUCAUCGACCAGCCCCUCAAACUGGCCCCACAAGACUGGGACCGUGUGGUGGCAGUAUUUGUGCAAGGUCCGGCCUGGCAGUUCAAAGGCUGGCCUUGGCUGCUUCCUGACGGAUCUCCUGUGGACAUUUUUGCGAAAAUCCGAGCCUUCCACCUGAAGUAUGACGAGGCAAAGACCGACCCCAACGUGCAGAAGUGGGACGUGACCGUGCUGGAGCUCAGCCACCACAAGCGUCACCUGGACCGGCCUGUGUUCCUGCGCUUUUGGGAAACUCUAGACAGAUACAUGGUGAAACACAAGUCCCACUUGAGGUUCUGAGACGCAGUGAGGGACUGUCUCCGCCCCUUAAGCCUGAUCCUGAUGUGGAGCCCGUGCAUCCCACUGAAACAGAAGAACAGUCACCAGGGGCGAUCCCAGUCACACCCCAGUCAGUGUCCCUCCUCCCCAUCGGCACUUAGGUCCAUUAGAGGCACUGCAUGUCCAGAUCCAGCCAAUCACAGGACUUCCUGCCAUGGGCCAAAAGUUUUUUCUUUUCUUUUUCUGGACACACACAGAUGUAGAGUGUGGACCAUCUGGAGGUGAACAGGGGAGAUGGGGACAAGUUUUCCUCCAGGUUGUUCUGUAGUUGGUAAACCACAACUAGUUUCUAAAUGCACAACAUCAUACUGUGGUACUAUGCUUUGCCAUAUUUAGUGGCCAAGGAGGAGGGUGGAUCAUGGGGGGGUGGUAAUGGGAGGGCCUCUUGUUUUUGGAUGCUUAGGAACAUGUCAUACUUUUCUUUCCUGGUGGGCAUCAUGCCAGAUUGUUUGUGGAAACCUAUGCUUUGUCAUUAGGUACUUUCUGAUACCUAUAGGGUCCUCAGUCAUUUUGGAAAUCUUUCAUAAUGCAUGCUGAGAACCAAAACCGAAGCUCUCUUUUUUGAAGCACCACUAAGUACUACCAAGCCAGAAACAUGGGCUUCAUUACAGAAAAUGCAUUGGGCCCACCACAUUUUUAUCCAUGUCUGUAUUGUUUGCAAACUUGUAGGCAUGUGAUGUCUUGAUUGACAUUGAAGGUUAUGGGAAUGGUGUUCUUUGAUUAACAAUCAGGCAUGAUGCACAAUAAGUGAGGAAACUGCAAAACGUACCCCUAAUGUUAUCAAAACUAUGGAAUUACCCUUUAAAUUCCAGGUGUACUAUAUUUGAUGAAAACCUUUUAGGAGACUGGUAGUACAAAGAAAUGCCAGCUGAGCUUAAGGGAGGAGACCUCCUGUAAAUUGAAGAUGUGUUUAUAUUUCCUAACAUUGAACAGUCUUUUUCAUCCAAGUGGAGCACAGAGCUGUACAGUUUGAGCCAUGGACCGUCCAGGCUAAUAUGCACAUGCUCCAUGCAAUCCUAGUUAUACAUAUGAGACUUUAUAGAUCUGUGUUUGAUCAGAGUUUGGAGAGGUUGAGCGAGUGGUGUCUUUCACCCUAGUUCAGAGUUCACAAUUCCAGAAGGUAAAUUCCAAUCUUGAGUUUGCUCCUCAUUAUAUUUAGUUAUUCCACCUCCUGGGCCACAUAAUGCUGUAUCUUUAUUUUUUCUUAGUUUUGUUUGUUGUGCGGAUAAACAGAAUGAUGACGAACAUUGCUUUACCUUUUUUUGUUUUGUUUAGUGAUGACAGAUAAUAAAAACCUGAUAAAGGGC